UUUUUCCAUAACAUCAAUUUCAUAUACCUAAACCAUAACCUACCUGUGUGUGUGUUUAGUUUGUGUGUGUGACAAUAUAAAGCCGUUUUUAAUUUUGGAUUUCGAUUUCUUCUUCUUCUUAUUAUUUCUUUCUUUGAAAACCCAAAAACCAAAAUCCGAUUGUUUUAUCCGUCCAUGUCAGUUGUUUGCUAUUAUUCAAAAAAUUUAAUAAAAUUUUUUUCAACUUUAAAUUUUAAGAAAAAAUUCAGCUUUCAUUUCGAAUUGACAUAAAGUGGCAUUUUUCGAUUUUCGAUUUUUCCAGCAUCAAGAAUUUCUUUGCCCCGAUUCACAUCCAUUCAAAAUGUUAAAAAGAUUAAAAGAAACAAAAGAAGAAAUUUUAACCCUACCAUAUCUUCGUUAUAUUUUAUGGUUAAUUUUUCUAUUUACAUUUGUUUAUUUAACAUUGGUUGCAUUUUUCAAUGAAAAAGCAUUACCACCAAAUGGUGAUCUAUUUCAUAUGUUUUGCCUAUUUAUAUUGGCACAUUUAUUUGGUAAAAUUUUUCAUAUUAUCAAUCUACCAUCAUUGCUUGGAAUGUUAGGUGCUGGAAUUCUAUAUGGAAAUCUUGUUGAAUUAGAAUUGGAUAAACAACUUUUAUCAACCAUACGUUCAUUAGCAUUGUUGAUCAUAUUGUUACGUGCCGGUUUGCAUUUGAUACCCGAAUAUUUACGUUAUCUAUCAUUUUCAGCCAUUCGAGUUAUUGCUAUACCAUUUUUUGCCGAAACAUUUAUCGUUGCCAUUUGUUCGAUAAUAUUUUUUCAAUUUACAUUUAUGUGGUCAUUAUUAAUCGGAUUUGUAAUGUCUGCUGUAUCACCAGCGGUUGUUGUUCCAUGUAUGAUUCGCAUUCAACAAUCUGGACUGAGUGAAGGAAAAGGAAUACCAACAUUAAAUAUUGCUGCAGCAAGUAUUGAUGAUGUCCUAUCGGUUACCGGUUUUAAUAUAUUCUUAGGAUUUGCAAUACCGACUGAAAAAUCUGAACAUAUGUCAUUAACAAUGAAAAUCAUUCAAGGACCAUUACAAAUUAUAAUCGGUAUUGCAUUCGGUUUAAUAAUGGGUUGGAUUCUUUGGUAUUUACCUGAAACAUAUGAUAAAUGUGAUAAAAAUGAUAGUAAAAAACAUCAUAUUUCACGAUUUUCAUUACUACUUAUGGCCGGUAUGUUUGCUUUGUUUGGUAGUAUUUAUGUUGAAAUGGAAGCAGCUGGACCAAUGGCCAUUUUGAUAAUGGCAUUUGUUGCAACAAUAAAAUGGCGUGAAAAUUGUUGGGAAGAAGAUAAUGAACAUAGUUUAAAAAUUAUAUGGCUUAUAUUGAAACGAUUCUUGUUUUGUUUGAUUGGUUGUGAAUUAAAAUUUCAAACAUUGGAUGCUGAUAUUGUUGGUAAAGCUAUUGGUUGUCUUAUGAUUGGUAUUGUAUUGAAAAUUAUUGUUACAUAUUUGGUUACAUUCAAUAUUGGUUUAAAUCAUAAAGAACGAUUAUUUAUUGCAUUUGCAUGGAUGCCAAAAGCAACUGUACAGGCUGCUAUUGGACCAACAGCAUUAUCAAUAGCACAAACUGAUUUGGAUAUACAAAAUGGUAAAGUUAUUUUAACUGCUGCUGCAUUAUCAAUAUUGAUUACAGCACCAUUAGGUGCAAUUUGUAUGGAUUUCCUUUGUACUCGACUUUUAACUAAACCAAAACAAAAUAAUAAUAAUAAUAAUAUUGAUACGAAUAAUAAUAAUAUACCAAUUAUUAAUAAUCAUUCGGUUAUUAAUAUUACAAACAUAACCAAUACAAAUGCUUUACAUUCACCAACAUUAAGUGUUAAAAGAUUUACUGUUGAUCUUGAUCUUUGA